GGAUCCAUAAACAUAAAUGCAUAGAAGACGCGGUGAAGGCCAGAGACAAACACAACAGAAUCGCCGUUUAUUACACUGUGUUUUGUCGUACAGACUGGAAAAUUGUGUAUAACAGAAAUGGAUUACAUUGAUUCAAACGCCAUGGAAGAAUUGAAUGUUGCAAUGAGACAGAUUUACAUCACAAAUAACAAUGCAUUAUGUGGUGUGGAUGGUGACGUCCAUACUGGAGAGUACACAGCGAAUACAACUUGCAACAUGGCGUCAGAGUCAGCACGCUUAGCGUCAUAUCGAACAUGGCCGCCACAGGCACCUUUGACACCACAGGCUUUAGCCCGAGCAGGAUUUUUUUUCAUUGGAAAACGAGAUAUUGUAGAGUGUUUCUGUUGCCAUGGUAAAAUUGAGAACUGGGAGUUUGGAGACUCUGCAAUGGGGGAACAUAAACGUUUGUUUGCAAAUUGUCUGUUUGUGCUUGGAAAGGAUGGGACUAACCAACCAUUGUUGUCACGAAAAUCUCAACCGUCCACUAAAGAGAAAAUUCUUCUGAGUCCCAACCAGAUGGAAUCAGGAAGUGAUACUGCACAAGAACAGUUAGUAACUGCGUUGGAAAAUGAAUUACAAGUUAAAGACAGCACUCAAAAAUUUCAUAUGGAAAGUGAACGCUUAAAAAGUUUUAACAACUUUCCUCAAAAUUCACCUAUGAAACCUGAAGAACUUGCCCGAGCCGGGUUCUAUUAUUUAGGAUAUGCUGACACUGUUCAGUGUUUCAUCUGUAAUGGAAUGUUGAACAAUUGGAGAGAUGGAGACAUCGCUAUGGUGGAACACCGUGACCACUUUCCUAUGUGUCACUUUAUACUUGGGGUGGAUGUUGGAAACGUGCCACUCAGGAACAAUUCCGAAGAGCGGUGUCUCAAGUCACCAGUACCAGUGUCUGAGGGGAUAGAUCCAAAUAUAGCUCAUCCACAGUAUGCUACUUUUAAAAGAAGACUUGAUAGUUUUAAUACAUGGUCUUCUAAAAUGAAUCAGAAACCUGACGACUUGGCUGAUGCAGGUUUCUAUUAUACAGGAAUUAAAGACAAUGUGAAGUGUUUUUCCUGUGAUGGUGGUUUGAGAAACUGGGAACCAUUGGAUGAGCCAUGGAAAGAGCAUGCUAAGUGGUUUCCAAGAUGUGCUUAUCUGCUGGAGAAACGUGGAAAGGCAUUUGUGGAUUUCAUAAACACAGGGGACCAUCAUUACGUCUAUGUUCCUACUGAACAAAAACCAGGAGAUACUUGUGAAGUUCCGCCAGGCGCAUCAUGGAUUAAAAACAGAGACAAGUUACUGGCUGAGUUAGAUGACCUGAAGGAUCAAAAAAGCUGCAAGAUUUGUAUGGAUCGUGAUGUAUGCAUGUUAUUUCAGCCGUGUGGUCACUUAGUAACUUGUGAAGUAUGUUCACCUGCUUUGAAAAAAUGUCCAAUCUGCCGAACACCAAUUCGAACAGCAAUCAGAGCUUUAAUGGUGUAA